AUGUAUGCUCAACACUCCGGGCAAGGUCAACAUGCUCGCCUAAAUGGUGCUGGGCGAGGCAUCCCGAGCAUGUUAUACAACUAUCAACAUACCCAACAUCAACACCCAUCCCAGACACAACACCACCAAGGGCUUCAGCACGACCAUGGGAUGCCCAAUGCCAAUGGCCUGGGCCAUCACUCAACCUUUACCCCGGGUGUUCUUUCGAACUCGAGUCCUUUUAAUCCUGGUGCGCUUCAGAAUGGACAUUCUGCUGGAAACCGGGGACAGGCACCCCCAAAUGAGAUGUGGCAGGAGCAAUUGAGGAUGCACAAGGAGGCCGAACGAGCACAUGCUGCUAUGACCGAUCAACAACAACCGCACUACUAUGCUAGGCUCAAAGCGUCGGAAAACAGAGGUAUAGGCGGCCCGCCACCAUCAAGCCUGCGUGCUCCUGACGACGAGGACGACGGUGUCGAUAGAAGGCGACCCUUGGCUAUAGAGAAGGAGGAAAUGAGGCAAGACUGGCACAAUAUGGACAUGAGUGGACAGGGUUUGCGAAACUUGGCACCGGAACUAUUCAAGUACAAGUUUCUGAAUGAGCUCUUCAUCGCGUCGAACAAGCUCACUCGGCUACCAAAUGCGAUUGGAGAACUUCGGGCCCUGCGCCACCUUGACGCUUCUUACAACCAGAUUGCUGAGAUUCCCCCUGAGAUCGGAAUGUGUACCUACCUCAAGCACCUACUUCUUUUCAGCAACAACAUUCAACAAUUACCGUUUGAGUUAGGAUCCCUUCAUCUCCUGGAAGUGCUCGGCAUUGAGGGUAAUCCAUUGGAACAAGAUGUAAAGCACGAGAUCAUGGAGAAGGGAACAAAAAGCCUUAUCAAUGCUCUGAAAGAGGGCGCCCCAAUUCCUUUGGCUCCCGCACCUCGAAAGCCGAUUAUGAUCCAAGAAGAUGUAGCGUCGGGUCUGGAGAGGAUCAAAGUUUUCUCGUGGAACAUUCUUUGCGACAAGUAUGCGACGCCUCAGACCUAUGGAUACACUCCGACAGCUGCCCUUAACUGGGAGUAUCGUAAGGACUGUAUUCUAGAGGAACUUCGAAUUAGGGAUGCGGAUUUUCUUGCCCUCCAGGAGGUGUCUACGGAUGCAUUCAAGGAGGAUCUCAGUCCCGAUCUGGCACAGAUGGACUACAAAGGUGUCCAUUGGCCCAAGUCACGAGCCAAGACCAUGUCCGAGAGGGAUGCUCAGUCUGUUGAUGGCUGCGCCGUCUUUUACAAACAGAGCAAGUUCAUUCUCCUUGACAAGCAGCUCAUCGAAUUCGCCACCAUUGCCAUUAACCGCCCUGACAUGAAGAACCAGCACGAUGUUUUCAACCGUGUGAUGCCCAAAGACAACAUUGCUGUUAUUUGCUUUUUCGAGUCUCGCCUUACCGGAGCUCGAAUCAUUCUGGUCAACGCACAUCUAACAUGGGACUCUGCCCUAGCAGAUGUCAAGGUUAUUCAGACCGGUAUUUUGAUGGAGCAUGUCACUAAGCUUGCAGAGAAGUACGCGAGAUGGCCAGCAGUGAAGGACAAGAAGAUGAUCGUGUUGCCGAUCGGCGAAGACGAAGUUCCUGUGCCUCAGGCUGAGCCAGGUCCCAGCCAGGAGUACCGAACAAACACAGAGAUUCCUCUUCUCGUCUGCGGUGAUUUUAACUCAACAGUAGACUCUUCAGUAUAUGAAUUGAUGUCUAUGGGACGUGUGCCUCCGGACCAUCUCGAGUUGAGCAGCUUCCAGUACGGUAGCUUCACACGAGACGGUAUCGAGCACCCCUUUAGCCUUCGAGACGCAUACGCCCACAUCAAAAACACGGCGGACGAAAUGCCAUUCACAAACUACACGCCCGGGUUCGCUGAUGUCAUCGACUAUAUCUGGUACUCUACAAACACUCUGGAGGUGGAAGCCAUUUUGGGACCCCCUGACCCUGAAUACCUCAAACGAGUUCCCGCUUUCCCUAACUGGCAUUUCCCUGCCGAUCAUAUCCAGAUCAUGUCUGAGUUCGUGAUUAAGGGACGGAAGGAGAAGAAGCAUCUCCCCGAACGCGAACCUGACUUUGGUCCCGGAUCGCGCGGUUGA